AAGCGAACAUCAUCACUGAUUGGAGUAUUGAGAAGUAAUCAAGAAAAAUUAUACAAUUUUUACUCGUAGUUAUUUAUUUUAUACGAAACUCUGCUACACCACAUAUACUAAUAUUAUGCAAACAAGAUGAGAAAAACACAAAUAACGAAGAAAUAAUAAUAAUAUAAUAAAAAAGCAAACAAAAAUUAACUUAUAAAAUAAAAAUAUUAUGUAGCAGAAGCAACACAACACAGCAGAGCAGUAAACAACAUAUAGUACGACACAGAACUGUACAUCAAUGUCACAUACCACUACACAACAAUAAAGAGACAACAACAACAAAAAAACUAAAAUUUUAAAUGAAAAAAAACUGCUUGAUUAAAAAGCUUUAAAAAUGAUCGUUUUUUAGUUAAUUCAAGUUCAUCGUGUGCACGGUGCGGUACGUAAAGUUAUUAGGGCGGUUGUUGUACUUGUAUUAUUGAAAAGUUAAAAAAAUAUCGUAAUUUUUUUUUCUGUGUAAUUUUUACAUUUUCGAUACGCAUUUUAAUUUUAUUCCUCUAAUUGUGUGUGUUGUUAUUUUUGCCUUUUGUCUUUCUAAAAAUUAAAACCAAAACGGUAUUACGAAAUUGUAUAGUCGCGUGCUCGUGUUCACAAUGAAAAAUUAAAUAAUAGAAAAAACAAAAAAAAAUAAAAAAAAUAUUGACGAAAAAUUAUUUUUCAUUAAUUUAAAAGUUUUAGUGUUUUGAUUGAAAAAAGUUAACCAAAAAACUUUUGGGUAAAAAAUAAUACAGAAAAAAAAAUAAAAUAAUUUUAUGCUGUUUGUGUUUCAGUUAUUAAAUGUUAGUAAAAAUGUCAUAAAAAUUAAAAUUUUUUAUAAAAUUUAUUUAAAAAAAAAAUCAUUUUCAAUAUUUCUCACAAAGUUAAAGAAAAAAUAAAUUGAAAUAAAUUUAAUUUUAAUGUAAAAAUAAAAUGUGAAUAAAACUUACCAAAAUAAUGACGUGUAAAAAUCCGGUUGAUUAAUAAGAAAGUUAAUUGAACACAGUGAUUAUUUUUUCAACUGAAAUUCAUACAAAAAAAUGAGAAGAAGUUAUUGAUUUUCUUACAAUCUUAAAGCUUCAGUGUAAUUAAUUACCAUUAAGAGUGUUUGCAUUUUUUUACAAAAAAUAAAAAGAUCGACCCAAAUGAAUUGGGUAUUGAGAAUUAAAUUAACUAAUUCGCGCCCGAAUUAUAGUUUGUAUUUAAUGUGUUUUAAUAGUAAAAAGGAAAUUAAAUUAAAAAGCGCUAUCACAAAAUUUAUUACUUGUAUAUACAAAAGUUUUUAAGAAUAAAGAAAAAAAAUUGUAAUUUUAAAUAUUUACAACAAAAAAAAAAGAAUUGUAAUUAAAAGAAAUUAAAUGAAGAAGCACAUUUCAACUUACAUCGCAUAUGCCUACAUAUGUAUACAUAUAUAUUUAUGUGUAAAAAAUAAUUUAAUAUUUUAAUGAGAGAAAAUAUCAACAAUAUUUAAAAAAUAUAUAAAACAAAAAAAUUAAGAAAAGAAAAUGGAAUCAUCUGUAAGAACACUGCCACCAAAUCCAAAGGACAAGGCUAAUAUCGUUUCAGUAUUAUUAUUUGGAUGGACAAUAAAUGUUUUUAAGACCGGAUAUAGUAAAGUGUUACAAGUAACUGAUUUAUUUCAACCACUGCAAAAGGACUUGUCAUCAUCAUUAGGUGACCGUUUAGAAAUACAAUGGGCAAAACAAUUAGAAACAAAAAAACCAAGCUUAAUAAAGGCUAUGUUUUUAACAUUUUGGAGGGAAGUUGGUGUUUUAGCUAUAUUGACGGCUUUUAAUGAAUUAUGUAUAAGACUACUACAACCCAUUCUAUUAGGACAACUUUUAUUAUUUUUUCGAUUAGAUCCAAAGGAUAAAGAAAAUAAUAACGAAGCGUAUUAUUAUGGUGGAGGUUUAGUGUUAUCGACAGCAGUUAGUUUAUUAACAUUUAAUCAUUUUACAAUGAAUGCGUUUCAUAUGGGUAUGAAGUUUCGUGUAGCAGUAUGCAGUUUAAUUUAUCGUAAAUCAUUAAAAUUAUCGAGAACAGCGUUAGGUGAUACAGCACCUGGUAAAGUAGUAAAUCUUUUAUCGAAUGAUGUCAGUCGUUUUGACAUUUUUGCUGUUUUUAUAAAUUCGAUGUGGUCAGCACCACUACUAUCAAUAAUUGUUGGUGUUCUUCUGUGGAAUGAAAUACGUUGGGCUGGUAUAGUAGGAAUUGUUGUAAUAUUUUUUGUUGUUCCAAUUCAAUCAUAUGCUGGAAAAUUAUCAUCAAAAUUUCGUUAUCAAACUGCGAUGAGAACAGAUGAACGCGUUCGAUUUAUGGAUGAAAUAAUAUCAGGAAUUCAGGUUAUCAAAAUGUAUGCUUGGGAAGUUCCAUUUUCUAAACUUAUUACAUUAGCAAGAAAACUUGAGUUGAAGAUUGUGCGUAAAAACUCUCAUGUUCGUGCUUUAUAUAUGACUUUUAAUAUGUUUACGACACGUGCUGCAAUGUUUUGUACAAUGAUGACAAUGGCUUUAACCGAUGCUGAAAUUACAGCUGCUCGUAUUUUUGUUAUAUCAUCAUAUUUUAAUGUGAUCGCUUGGACAAUGUCACAAAUGUUUGUUCGUGGGGUAGCAGAAAUUGCUGAAGCUUUAGUUGCAUUUAAACGUUUACAAAAAUUUUUAGAAUAUGAAGAGAAGCCACCUUCUAUGCAUAAAACUGAAAAUUCAAGUAACUUAACUAAUUUUAAAACAGGAAAUGGUGACAUAAAUAAUGCCCAUAAAAUUAAUCGGAAUUCAAUUCAAACAAAACCAUAUAGAAAUAGUUUAUAUGAUUCGAUGCCAGCUAUAGUUUUAAAAAAUGCUUCAGCCCAUUGGGAACUAUAUGAAAAUCCUAGUGAAAAGAAAUCUGGGAAAAGAAAAUUAUCUAACGGGAAGAAGAAGCAGGAAAAUUUAACUUUAGACAAUAUUAAUUUAGAAAUAAAACGUGGUCAAUUAAUAGGAAUUGUUGGUUCGGUCGGAGCUGGUAAAUCUUCCUUAUUACAAAUAAUUUUGGAAGAAUUACCGUUAUUAAAAGGAGCACUUGAAGUUAACGGAAAAGUAUCUUACGCAACACAAGAGCCAUGGGUUUUUGCAGCUACCGUGAGGCAAAACAUAUUGUUUGGUCAAGAUAUGGAAAAAAGUCGUUAUGAUGCAGUUGUCAAAUCGUGCGCGUUAGUUAAAGAUUUUGAACAAUUUGCUGAUGGUGACAGAACCGUUAUAGGUGAAAAGGGUGCAUCAUUAUCUGGUGGUCAAAAAGCAAGAAUUAGCCUGGCUCGUGCAGUUUACCGAGAAGCUGACAUUUAUUUACUAGAUGAUCCACUUAGCGCUGUGGAUGCACAUGUAGGUAAACAUUUAUUCGAUGAAGUCAUUGGACCAAGAGGUCGUUUAGGGAGACGUUCUUUAACUAGAAUAUUAGUCACACAUCAAGUACAUUUUUUGAAGGAAGCCGAUUGGGUUGUGAUCUUAAAUAAUGGCAAAAUUCAAAUUCAGGGACCACCUCAAAAAUUAUCUAAAAGUGGAAUAGAUUUCGCAGAAUUACUUGAAAAUGAUAACGAAACUGAUGCAAACGCUGAAGGCCAACAAUCGAGGAGAAGAUCAUCAAGUCGAUCUUUAGGUUCAUCGCAUCACUCUCUUAGAAGUACUGAAUCAAAUAGUGAUGAGGAAAAUGAAGAAGAAAGAGAUGAUGACAAAGACGAAAAUCAAAAUUUAGAACAGAGUUCGAAAGGAACCGUUAAAGGUUCUUUAAUUGGAAAUUAUUUACGAGCAGGUGCUCAUUUUGUAAUCGUCGGUUUUGUGCUAUGCUUAUUUCUUAUAACACAAGCGGCAGUAAGUUUAGCCGAUUUUUGGGUAUCUUUCUGGACAAGUCAAGAAGAGUUGCGCGAUUAUUUAAAUCAAAAUCAGACAAUGCUUAAAGGCAGUAAAGUCGGUAAUAAUGACGAAGUAUCUAAAAUUAGUAUAAAACAAUUGCAGGAUCAUAUGGAUAGAAUAUCACAUCUUAAUGAGAUUAGAAAAGAUUCUUUGAUAAAUACUGACACCUGUAUAUAUAUUCAUGGAGCUAUUAUUUUAUCAAUAUUUACAAUUGGUAUCAUAAGGUCUGAAACAUUUUAUACCUUAGCAGUACGUGCCUCUCAAAAACUUCAUGACGCAAUGUUCAAAGGAAUUGUGAUGGCACCAAUGCGAUUUUUUGAUACAAAUCCAUCAGGUCGAAUUUUAAAUCGUUUUUCAAAAGAUAUGGGUGCAGUUGAUGAACUGUUACCAAAGGCAAUGUUAGAUGCAACUCAAAUAAUUUUAAAUAUGUUUGGCGCCAUUAUCGUGACUCUAACCGUUAGACCGAUUUUUGCUGUACCUUUAGUUUUAUUAGGUGCAUUAUUCAUGCUUGUCCGGAAGAUAUACUUAAAGACAUCUAAAAAUAUCAAACGGCUUGAAGGAGUUACUCGAUCACCAGUUUUUACGCAUUUGGCAGCAACACUAAGUGGCCUUUCAACAAUUCGAGCUUUCGGAGCACAAACUGAGCUAAUACAGGAAUUUGACAAUCAUCAAGAUCUUCAUUCAGGAUCAUGGUAUAUGUUUAUAAGCACUUCAACGGCAUUUGGUUUAUCGUUGGAUUUGAUUUGUUUAAUUUUUAUGACAUGUGUUACAUUUUAUUUCCUACUUUUUGAUACAGAUGUUAUGGGUUCAGAUGUGGGCUUAGCAAUCACUCAAUCAAUGUCCUUGGCAUUUUUAUUGCAAUGGGGUAUUCGACAAAGUGCCGAAGUAGCUAAUCAGAUGAUGGCAGUUGAACGUAUAUUAGAAUAUCGUGAAUUAGAAGCAGAAAAACAACCUGAUAAAAUAGUUGAGCAACGAAAAACUUGGCCUGAACAUGGCAAAAUUGAGUUUAGAAAUGUCAGAUAUCGAUACUAUGACGGAGCUGAUCCAGUACUUAAUAAUUUAAAUUUUGUUAUAAAACCACAAGAAAAGAUUGGAAUUGUUGGUAGAACUGGUGCUGGAAAAUCGUCUGUUAUUGGAGCUUUAUUUCGUCUUGCUAAAAUUGAAGGCGAUAUUUUUAUUGAUGACAUAAAAACUGAUUCAGUAGUUUUAAAUAAACUAAGAUCAAAAAUAUCAAUUAUUCCACAAGAUCCAGUUUUAUUUUCAGGAACUUUGAGAAGAAACUUAGAUCCAUUUGAGGAAUAUCGUGAUGCUGAUCUAUGGAGUGCACUUGAAUCAGUUGAAUUAAAGGACAUUGCAAGCGGAAAUUUGGGUCUUCAAUCAGCGGUUAUGGCUGGAGGUAGCAAUUACAGUGUGGGACAAAGACAAUUAGUUUGCUUGGCACGUGCAAUACUUAGAAAUAAUAAAAUAUUAGUUUUAGAUGAAGCAACAGCAAAUGUUGAUCCACAUACUGAUGCUUUAAUUCAAGAAACAAUUCGUAACAAAUUCUCGUCAUGUACUGUACUUACAAUCGCUCAUAGAUUACACACAAUUAUGGAUUCGGAUAGAAUAUUAGUAAUGAAUUUUGGUAAAGUUUCCGAGUUUGAUACACCAUACACUUUAUUACAAAAUCCAAAUGGAAUAUUCUCUGACAUGGUAAAGGCAACUGGUCCACAUGAAUCAGAAAGAUUACAAGAAUUAGCAAAAACUAAACAUUUAACAGAACAAAAGGAAUCAUGAUUAAUGUAUAGAUUAUGGAAUUAUUUUAAGUUUAAGUACCUGUAGCAGUAACUUUUAUUUAAAAAUUUUAAAAAUAUUUUUUUUUAUUCAUGUUAUUUUUGAUUUUAGUUUUUCAUUUUUUGUUUUUUUUUUAAUAUAUAAAGAUAUUCAAUUUACAUAUAAUUAUUACAUUAUGAACUACUUCAACUACAUUAUUAUUAAAACGAUUAGGGAAAAUUAUUUAGUUUACAGUUUAAAAGCAUAAAUUUUCUAAAUUAUGUUAAUGCGAAAAAUACGGAUUAAUUAAUUAAUUUAAUUUAAUCGGAGAUACCAAAUUGUUUGGUUUGAGAUUGUUUUAUUCAUAUAAUUCUUUGAAUAUUGUUUUUUAAAUAAUUUCAAAUAAAUUCCAUAAAAGUUUUUGUAUGUUAAUUCUUUUAAUUUUUAAAUUUAAUUUAGAAUCGGCAAUAGUAUAUCAAAUAGUAUUACGUUUUGAAUUUUACAUAAAAUACCUACAUUGUAC